AAAAAAGCUGGUAUAAAUUUAUAAAAGCAUAACAAUAAAGUCAGCUAACAAACCAAUUAAUUCAAGCCAAAAUCAAAUAAGCGACAAAAACAAAAAUGUAUCCGAAAAACCUGCAAAAUAGGCCAAAAGGCACACCAGCUUGCUCACGAUACCGGUGUCAUACAAGCAAUAGACGCAUGCAUACUUUAACCCUAUUCCUCAGUUGUCUGUGCGCUCUUGCCGUGCUAGUGACGCCCGCUUAUGCACUGGCCAACUGUCCGAGUAGUUGUCAGUGUGAUGACGAUACGCUGGUGGUGCGUUGCGGCGAAGGUACACUCGAUGUGCUACCCAUCACACUAAAUCCCUUCAUACAGCGUCUGGUGAUACAAAGCAACAAAAUCAAAACGAUCGAUUCAUCGCUGCAGUUCUAUGCAGAGUUGUUGUUUCUCGAUCUUUCCUACAACGAUUUGGUCACAUUGCCACAACGUACAUUCCAGUUUCAACGUAAACUCCAAGAGCUACAUCUAAAUCACAACAAGAUCGGACAAAUCAGCAAUAUGACCUUUGUGGGCUUAACCGUAUUGACGGUGCUUAACUUGCGUGGCAAUCUGCUGGCAGAGCUCGAGCAGGGCACUUUUGCGAAAAUGUCAAAAAUAGAGGAACUAAAUUUGGGACAGAACCGCAUCAAUCGCAUCGAUCCGCACGCCUUCGAUGGUUUGGUGAAUCUUCGUACACUUUACUUGGAUGAUAAUACAUUGACUACAGUGCCAGCGCCCAGCAUUUUCAAAGCAAUGCCAAACUUAGCUGAGCUCUAUUUGGGUACAAAUUCUUUUACGUCCAUACAAGCCAAUGCUUUUAUCGAUCUAAAGGGCUUGACACGUUUGGAUUUGCGUGGUGCUGGGCUGCACAAUAUUUCUGCUGAGGCCUUGAAGGGGCCGGACGGUUUGCGAUACCUGGAUCUGGCUGAUAAUCGCUUACAGGUGGUGCCUACCAAUGCGCUUAGCCACUUAGAGCGGUUAGAAGAGCUACUACUCGGGCAAAACGAUUUUGAGGUGAUUGGCAGCGGCGCCUUUUCCGGCCUUAAGCAGUUACGCAAGCUUGAAAUCACAGGUGCUCAGCGGCUGCGAAGCGUACAAAAUGGCGCCUUCAACGCCAACACCAACCUCGAACACUUGAAUCUCUCAUCCAAUAAAAUGUUGCAAGAAGUGCAGGAAAAUGCAUUAGGUGGGCUGCCACACUUGCGUCACGUCAUACUCAAGGAAAACGAUCUGCGCACCCUAGCUGAGGGCCUAGUACCUUGGUCCGAUCUGCAAACACUCGAUCUCUCCGACAACCCCAUUGUGUGCGACUGUCAAGUGCUCUGGCUACGCAAUCUGCUCGUGUCGAAGAACUCGUCUAAUGAUAAGUUGGUCGGGGUAAUGUGCGCCUACCCGGAACCCAUGCGUAAGGAACCGCUAUCGCAGCUCUCGCCCGCCAUGCUCGGCUGCUCGCACAGCGAUUCAAAGCAGCAGGCGCUGAUUGUUGUGGUUGUCGUCGUCACCACUGCCACCAUAACUGGGCUAUCGCUGCUAAUUUACGGCUGCCGGCGGCGCAUCCGCGAAACGCUCAAAGGCGGCUGGGGCAAUUCAGCGUUGGGUCGCAAGGAACGCGAAUAUCAAAAAACCUGCUCCGACGAGGAGUACAUGACACGGCAGCAGCAUUCCUGCAGCCUGAGUAUACAGCCAACGAUCCCAUACACCAGCAGCAGCGGUUACAAUAUGCACCAGACGCAGCCGUAUAUGGGCUCACGGCCCAUACCCGUCACCGAACUAUAGCUAGAAGCA